AUGCUAUUCCUGGCCAUAGGUUCUAUUAUAGCUGCCGUCUUAGGCUCUCCACCAUCUCGGUUGUGCUCGCUAGACGACGCUUGUGACAGUUGUACGAUCCGAGCACCUCUAAGAGCGAAGUGCAGCGGAGAAGAUGGGAAAUUCCCAUUCCAAUUUUGCAAUCCACGAACAAAAAAGAUCGAUGUGGAUUCGUCCUCCUAUCUACUCUGCUCUGAUGGCGCAUUUAGACAGCAGCAGUGUUCCAGUGAUGGAAAGACCCACUUCAGUACUACAACCCUGGAUUGCAUCGAUCCUGUAACGCUUACUUUCCAUGCGCAAGGUACAUCAGGUUCUGGUCGCGUCGGUGAUAUUUGUUCUUUCAACACUGAUUGUCUCAGCGGAAUGUAUUGCGCCAUAGGACAAUGCCGAUGCCUCUCGACUUACAUCGCCGUUGACACGUACUGCUAUGAAAGGAUUUCUCCAUCCGAAUCUGGCUGCUUCUAUGAUGUGCAGUGUUCGGCUGUAUGGCCAGAUGCAUUCUGUAAAAACGGACAAUGCCACUGCCCGAGCCAGGACAUGAUUGCGGUUAAGACAAGGGAUGGAACACUUUGUCUUUGGUCAAGCUCUACGGAGCCUUCUUGUCCGCUUCCUUCCCUGCCUCCACCGGAGUCGGCUGCGGCUCUUGUCGUUCUUCCGGCGCCAUCAGCAAAGAACACUGUAAGCAUUGCGGCUUGUAAUCCCUAUGCGUCUUCUACUCCACCUACUGAAGAAGUGCUACUGAAACUUGCACACGAGCAUAAAUGCGCCGUUAGAGGAUUGGGAGAGAACAGCGCGCCCAAAGAUGUUUCGGACCUCUACGACUGCAUUGAUAACAGCAAAUUCUGGCAAGAGCAAGGCUUGGAUACAAAUUCGCACCCAGUGGGAGUUUGCUGCAUGAAUAGAGCGUUCACAUGCCAGCAGCCCAAGCAAGGAGAAUCGGAUGAUCUCGGAUCAGUUCCUAGGUGGUGGUUCAACAGCGUUAUUGGUUCCUGUCAGCAGUUCCUGUUCGAUCCAUCAUCGCCAGAAGUCAGCCCUAAUAAUUUUGAGACGCUGGAUCAUUGUGAAAGUUACUGUAAAGACACGUGUCCUAGAGGCAAUCCUGCUUAUAUUCCGACAAGAACAGACCUUGGCCAGUUUCCACAAGGAGGUUGUGCAAGUAGCCAACCGUGUGCGGAACCUUUUGAAUGCAUCGAAGUUGCCAGUCAGAGCCUUUGCUGUCCGAGUAGAAAGUCUAUAUGCAGCGAAGUUGGAGGCCGUCCCAAAAAUGCUCUCCGCAGCACUCCUUACGAUGCUGGAGUGCGUUUUGACCAGCUGACUGGCGAACAAGCUAACUACGCUGUUGGGAUCAGUACUAGAUACUACUAUAAUCCCAUUGAUGGUCAGUGUCAUCCUUUUACGUAUAAUGGAUUUCUUGGUAACUUCAACAACUUCAAUACCCAAGCAGACUGUCAGUUAUUUUGCGCACGAUUGCAAUGCACAUAUGGCAGCCCACUUGCCACUGGGCACGGCAUACCUCAACGCUGUCAGCGGGAUGUUGAUUGCCCUUCUACUCACACAUGCUCCGCAGAACACGCAGUAUGUUGCCCUACUCCACAAACACUUUGUACCGAACCGCUUCGAGUAGGAGAUUGCAAACAAUCUGUUAGACAAUUUUGGUAUAACGCAGAAACGCGUACUUGUGAAAGUUUUCUCUAUACAGGAUGUCAGGGCAACAACAACAGAUUCCACACUCUGAAUGAAUGUCAAAGCUAUUGCAAAAAUAUCAAUGCCGAACCGAAAUGCCCUCAAGGUAGAGCUUAUGUGGAUUACACGAGCAAAUUUUUGCAAUGUGGUGAAGGGGUUGGAGGUAAUUCUUGUCCAGCAAACUACGAGUGCCAUUUUGACGGACAUGUGCAUGGUUGUUGUCCCAGCAAAGCGUAUACCUGCUCUCUCCGAUUAGACAAAGGUGUGACUUGCGGUUCCGGUUCAAGCUUCCGCUACUACUAUAACAAUCACCUCAAGGAAUGUCAGUCAUUCCUUUUCCUCGGAUGUGACGGCAAUUCAAACAAUUUCCCGACGGCUGAAAAGUGUCAUAAUUUUUGUGAGAUUGCAGUAUGUCCAAAUGGCGGCUCUCCAUUGAGAUCGAACUCGAAGAUACGAACAUGUUCUGCCACGGAUCCUUGCCCUGCGGGCUACGAAUGUAGCCAAGUUGAUGGAAAUGGUGUGACGCAUCGGCGAUGCUGCCCUACAAAAGCUUCAAUAUGCGCAAAGCCUCCACAAAUGGGUAUGGUUCCCAAGUGCAGCAGCGGGAAUGAGCAAUCUAGGUUCUACUUUAAUGUUGCGUUACAAACGUGCUCUCCGUACACCUCGAAUGGAUGUGAUAGCUCGUUGAACUCCUUUAAAUCGCUUACAGAAUGUGAAGACUUUUGCUUAAGUGCGGGAUGUAAGUCAGGAGAUACGAUUUAUAAGGACCCGAACACUAAUCGGCCAUUCCUCUGCAACACCGCUCUAUUGAAUAAUUGCCCAGCGAACUACCACUGUACUCUGAACAGUCUCACGCAAGAACACGUUUGUUGUGGUUCGGAUAGUAUGGGUGUUUGUCCAGCUGGUGAGAAAGCAUUCAUAGACCCUCUCACCUCGACACCUCGGCAGUGCGCCAUGGCAGCAGAAGGAAAGUGUCCUGCCGGAUAUCUAUGCCGCUUCUCAAAGACCAAUCAUAAGUACUACUGUUGUGGGAGCAUUACUGGAAAUUUAUGUCCUGCUGGAAGAGCACUGUUCCGUUACGCUGUCACUCAGCUGCCUCUGCAGUGCUCAAUUUCCCACGGUGGCGGAGGAUGUCCACCUUCGUAUUCGUGCCAAAGUGAUGUUUCUGGGGCAUUCCAAGGAUACUGCUGCAGUCAGCAUUCCAUAUGCCCUCGUGGCGUAGAUUUUCAUGUAGAUGAUAAGUCUCAAAUGCCAACAACAUGUACAGGUGAAGGUUUCGGAUUUUGCCCACAGGGUUACACAUGUCAGCAGCAGCCAGAAACGGUCAAUUACUAUUGUUGUGUUGGAAAAGAAAGAGACGGUGUAAAUGAUGGUUGUCCACCGGCUCAGUUUGCUUAUGUGCUUGAUGACAAAAUUAAGACUUGUGAUCCAUUUAAUGUGGAUGAGACAACAUGCCCAUCCGAGUACACGUGCCAGUGGUCAGUCACUAAUCAGAAGUACCAAUGCUGCGGAAUGCGGCCGAUUCGUCAGACGAAGCCAAAUAAAAUAGACGAUGGAUGCCCUCGCAAACAGUUCGCAUUGUUGGAUAGAAAAACCAAUAAAGCAAGGAUUUGUACUGCGGGAGAGGAGAACUCGUGUCCAAUAGGAUUCUAUUGUCAAUUUUCUGCAAAACGAGCGCAAUUCCAAUGUUGUGGCCAAAGUGGAGGUUGUCCUUCUCGUCGAGCGGCUUUCAUAGCUAUUGAUGGCAAUGCUCAAGAGUGCUUGCCAGGUCCCGACAUGUGUGCAGAUGGUUAUGAAUGUGUGCCUAGUGCUUACGGAAAAGGAAAGAAUAUCUGCUGCAGCAAAGAGGAAAAUGAGUGUGGCAUAAAUGAAAAAAUGAUGAACGGAAAGUGCAUGGUACAAGUGAAGAUUGGUGGAGCAUGUCAUAAUGACGAUGAAUGCACUGGAGGAAGCAAGUGUAUUUCUCAUUCCUGCGCAUGUGCAUCGGAUCAGGACGUUGUGAACAGUGAAUGCGUAACUCGAACUUGUGGACCCAACCAGAUCAUCCUUGAGGGCAAAUGUGUUGACCGCGCUGCACUUGGAGAACCGUGCAAAAAUUCUCUUCAGUGUGUAUCAAAUCUACGUUGUCUGAGUGGCCACUGCGACUGCGGUAAAGGAGAGAAGGCUGAGGGGAACAACUGUGUGAAAAUCAGUGAAGCAACAUCAAAGCCUCGUCCUCAAAGUGACGGUUUCUGUCCAUCAGCAUCAGAUCAUGCGUUUUUCGAGAAAGGCACCACACGGCUGCGUUACUGUAGUGAGGCCGCAGAUGAUUGUCCACAGGGGUUCAGCUGCAGGCAUAGUGAUCUAGUGAAAGAGAAUAUAUGUUGUGGACAGGGCGAUGGGAAUGAAGAGGAAAAAACAGAGGAAAAAACAAAAUCUGGUAAACCAAGAGGAACUUCAGGUUCGAAGGCUGGACAUUGUCCCUCUGGCAUGACGCCCUAUCUAUUGAAUGGUCGACCGAAGUCGUGCUCGUCAAGCACGUGUCCUUACGGCUUCCAAUGCAAAUUCUCGUCCACAAAAAAGAACUAUUAUUGUUGUACGAAAGUUUUUAAGAAGAGCAGUCACUUGAAGAAAGAUGGGGGGUGCGAAAGAGGUUCUGCACUGCUGUAUCCAGCUACACAAGAGCCUGUUCAUUGUGAUUUGAAGACUAGGGGAUGUCCCGAUGGUUAUCUUUGUCUGCCGCACACUAAGACAAAAGUGAUGCAGUGUUGUUCGGUACAUUCAAACAGGGACAGUUUGCAAUCAGUUGAUUUUGAAAUUGAAUGCCCAGCUUAUAUGGUUCGGGUGAUAGGUCAACGACAUGGAAGAAGAACGUCCUACUGCUCUCGAUCUUGUCCACCGGGACAAAAGGCUGUUGAUGGCGUAUGUCAGUAA